GGUAGUUAAGAUAGUUCUCAAUGUACUUACAUGCCGGGCCAUGUGAAUUUUGAGUGGAUUUACGUCGCUUUCAAAGACAAACUAGGCCUAAUCUGUAAUCAAAAAUAUUAUCUCUGGUGUAGAAGGAGGUGAAGACACACACUUUUAAUGGCCCAAGUUCGAGUGCAGCACAGUCCAAUGUAUGGGCAACCUCAAACCCAGGGGCCUGUUCCAAAUAGGACAGGUCAAAAACAGUCUCGCUUGGAGAUGAUGCAGGCUGAUUACCAGAAGAAAAUAUUGAAGGAAAAGGAGGAAAAACUAAUCAAAAUGUACGAGGAUAAUCAAAAGAGAGCUAUGGAGCGUGUGAACAGUCGUCAUGGGAGUGGUGCGAGUGGAGUAAGUACGGCGAGUUAUGGGAGUACUCGCAGUGGCUAUAGCAGUAGGAGUGGUAGCACGGUGAGGAGAAAUAAUGAAAGACAGGUCGUGCGCGAAGCAGAUAAUGUGAAGUCUGUUCGGGAGUACUUUAUGGAGCAGAGGGGCCAGGUCGGGAGUGGCAAGACCAAUAGUCCAGCCAAUGGAAUAACGAAUGGGGUGAAUCAUAAACCACCUUUUCCCACAGCUCCAGUACAACAUCGGGCACAUCAGAAUCGGUUCCAACAGGCAAAUAGUGCUGGUCAGGAUGGUCGUGACAAGAGCCGUCCUUUGGAGCCGAUCAGUCAUCCCCAAAAGCAAAAGCAACGGAUUGAGUACAACCCUGACCGUUAUGCAGAUAUUGACGAUGCGCCUAACCCACCGAUUCAAAUGAGAGCGCAACUGGCUCGGCCUGGAAAAAAACCGAGGGGCAGUGAUGCAGGGAUGAAUGGACAUAAUACCCAGAACAUGCAGCCUGAACUCGAGGUUGACAGUUCCAUCCCUGAUCGGACUCAGUUGCAGCGGCUACGACAACAGCAUCAGCAGAAACAAGCUGCGCAAAAACCAGAGGGGGAGAAAAAGAUGACCGACUUCCAGAAGUGGCAAAUGGAGCAAAAUGCGACCAAAGAAAAGCGAUUGCAAGAUUUCCGCCGGAAGCAACGUGAGCCACCUGCAUCUUACCGGUCGGAUUCUGAGGAUGAAGAGGAGGCUGAAAGACAAGCUGAAAUCAAGAGGAAGGAGAGAGAGUUACUGGAACGGAUUCAGCAACAGAAGGCUGAUCUCGAGCAUAUCAGGAGAGAGCGAAUCGAAGAGGAGGAACGGGAAAGAAAAGAGCGAGAAAGAGACAAAAAACGUGAAGAAGCUGCCCAGCGUAAACGUGAAGCUCUUGCAAAAGCCAGGAAAGCAUCAAUGGACGACUCCGAUAAUUUGGACAGUCACAGGUCAACUUACAGAAAACCGCCGUCACGGUUUGAAUAUGAAGAAAGUGAUGACGAGCGCCCUCCUCCUCAGCGUGUACCUCAGCGCCCUCCAGCUAAACCUCAGUCUAAUCCACGCCAGAAAAAACCUGCCAAACCUCCCCAAUCCAACCAGGCUCCCAAAAAGUGGGUGCCGCCUGCCUCCAAUUUUGAAGAUGAACCACUGCCCUCAAAAAGUACAGACAAUGGAGUCUCGUUCUAUGCCCAGGCUGCCAAAGAGGCAGAGAAAGAAAAUUUGAAUCUUCGACCGUGUCCCACGUGUGGAAGGAAGUUUAAUGUCGACCGGCUGGACAAGCAUCGGAAGGUCUGCGUUGAAAGUAAAAAGCCACGGAAAACUUUUGACAUGAGCAAGAAACGAGUUGAAGGAUCGGAGGCUGAGAAAUAUGUAAGGUCUGUCAAGAAGACAGAUGCUUAUUAUUCAAAGAAGCUAAAGAAAACAGAUUGGAGGAAACAGCAUGAAGGAUUCAUAGAGACAGUAAAGUAUGCCAAAAAGAUGUCGGAUUACGAAGCUGGUGGUGGCAAUAUCUUAGAUCUGCCACCACCACCCCCAAGUGAAAACCCAGAUUAUGAACAGUGUCCAUAUUGUAAACGAAAAUUCAAUCAAGCUGCAGCUGAGCGGCACAUACCAAAAUGUAAAGAUACGAAAAACAGACCUGCCCCGCCUAAGGGGAAAAGGAGAUAGAGGGCAGAGCUAGUUUUAGACUCCAUCAACAUACAGCACAUACCAAAUGAAAGUUAUGUAGUUUAGUUGGGGGGAAUGACAGAAUUAAUGUGCGACUCUGUUAAGAAUGACACUUUCUGGUGUUAUUGUGAACUUCUUCAUCGUGCCCUGGAUAUAAGGAAACAUAUCUUGGUAAUUCCUCUUGGGUGAUAUUGCAGGGGGAAAUAGAGAGAAAUGAUGAUGUUGUUAUUUCCUCAGACAAUCGGAAACAGCACACUGUAUACAUCGGGAAUGUUGGACUUGUUUGUUGAGUUUGAGAAUAAUUUUUAUAAAUCGUCCCAGAUUUAUUUUAAAAUGUAGCUAACGAUAUAAUAUAUAGUGAACAUGUUGAAACACAGCGCUUGUGUCCAGUCUGUAAAUAGUUAGUUAUGCAUUGUUGUUUUACAUCCAGAUGUAGGAUGGGAAAUUUACAGCUUUACAGAUUUUCAGAUACCUGUAUCUGUCUUUGUUUUAGAAAUAUUUGACUGAGACAAUUUUUAUUCUACUAAGACUGUAUCUGUACAUAUCAAGCUUUUAGAAUCCUGGUUUAAUACUAUGUUUGCAGGACAUUGUUACCUUUGUUGUUGGAGCAUGCUUGCAUUCAGUGCAGAGCAUUUUAUGUAUUUAUUUCAUGAUCCUGCCGUAGAUUUGGAAAGUGGGUUGGCGAGAUACGUUUUCCCUUUGAAGUAAUAAUUAGGGAACCAAGGUACUUCGAAAUGAUUGUUCAAUGCUGAGUAAAGGUGCACCUAAAUAUGACUGUGAUCAGUGCUUUUUUAUCUACAAACAUUUUUUUCUCUUCCAUAAACUUUCUUUUCUUUUUCAAACAAUAAUAAGCCAAGUUGUUGACCUUAAAAAAGAAUAGAAGUUCCGUCCAUACAAUAGGCUAUAUCGUACUGUGAUAUUUUGAUGUUUCUGUCUUCAUGAAUUUGUACUCCCAUCACCAAGAUAUAUAA